CGGCGACUUCAGCCUGGCGCAGGUCAGGGAAGUAGCGUGUUCCAUCGUCGAGCAGAAGUUCCCAGAGUGUGGUUUUUAUGGGAUGUACGAAAAGAUCCUGCUUUUCCGGCACAAUCCUGGCUCUGAAAACAUCUUACAGCUGGUGAAAUGUGCAAGGGACAUUGUAGAAGGGGACCUUGUAGAAGUGAUUCUAUCAGCCUCUGCCACGAUGGGAGAUUUUCAGAUUCGUCCCCAUGCGCUAUUUGUUCACUCAUACCGUGCACCAGCUUUCUGUGACCACUGUGGAGAGAUGCUUUGGGGCCUUGUAAGACAGGGCCUGAAAUGUGAUGGCUGUGGGCUGAACUACCACAAGCGAUGUGCCUUUAAAAUCCCAAACGACUGCAGCGGUAUCCGCAAGAGGAGACUUUCUAACGUUUCGCUGACAGGCUUGCCCACCAUUCGAUCUGCAUCCUCAGAGCCUUCACCAAUCAGUAUGGAUGAAACCUUAUUGACUCCGGUCAGCCCAAGCAUGGAGCAGAAGAUACCGGGUGACUCCUACUUGGGACGAGAGAAAAGGUCCAACUCACAGUCUUACAUUGGACGUCCUAUUGAGUUGGACAAGAUUCUGCUAUCCAAAGUUAAACUGCCACACACCUUCGUCAUUCAUUCAUACACCCGCCCGACUGUCUGUCAGUACUGUAAAAAACUGCUCAAAGGACUGUUUCGCCAAGGUCUUCAAUGCAAAGACUGUAAGUUUAACUGUCACAAACGCUGCUCGUCUAAAGUGCCAAACAACUGCCUUGGUGAGGUGGCUAUAAAUGGAGAUUUUCUGAGCCCAGGAGGAGAUUCUGAUGUUGUGAUGGAAGAAGGUAAUGAUGAUAAUGAUGGUGAGAGGAGCAUUGCCCUCAUUGAUGACAUAGAAGAGUCCAUGGUACCGGAUUGCUCUGUUCCACUGGAAGCAGGCCAGAGUGAUGGUGGACAUGUGAAUGAACAUGAUCUAGAAGACUCUAACAAGAUGAUCAGCCCAUCUGCCAGUAACAACAUCCCUCUGAUGCGAGUGGUCCAGUCUAUUAAACAUGCAAAGCGGAAAAGCAGUAAUGUCUUAAAGGAAGGCUGGCUGGUGCACUUCACCAGCAAGGAUAUCCUGAGAAAGCGGCAUUUCUGGAGGCUCGACAGCAAAUGCAUUACUCUGUUUCAGAAUGAAACAGGUAGUAAAUACUACAAGGAAAUCCCAUUGUCAGAGGUGUUAUCUUUGGGACCAGCUACAACUGUCAACCUGUUACCAGAGGGAUCAAACCCACACUGUUUUGAGAUAACUACAGCCAGUGUGGUUUACUAUGUGGGAGAAAACUUGGUCAACUCUGGAAGCAGCAUGCCAACCAACAGCAGCGUACUAGUCAGUGGCGUGGGUCAGGAUGUUGCUCGCAUGUGGGAAAUGGCCAUUCAGCAUGCUCUCAUGCCUGUCAUCUCCAAGGGCCCAUCUCAUGCGACGUGCCACAGCCACCACAAAGAUGUCUCUGUUAGUAUUUCAGUGUCCAAUGCUCAAGUUCAGGAAAAUGUGGAUAUCAGUUCAGUUUAUCAGAUAUUCCCUGAUGAAGUUCUUGGCUCUGGUCAAUUUGGAAUAGUAUAUGGAGGAAAGCAUCGGAAAACGGGACGAGAUGUUGCCAUUAAAAUCAUAGAUAAAUUACGAUUUCCCACAAAGCAAGAGAGUCAGCUGCGUAAUGAAGUUGCCAUUCUACAGAACCUCCACCAUCCUGGGGUUGUUAACUUGGAGUGUAUGUUUGAGACGCUGGAGCGUGUAUUUGUUGUCAUGGAGAAGCUCCAUGGAGACAUGCUGGAGAUGAUCUUAUCGAGUGAGAAAGGGAGACUGCCAGAGCGCAUAACCAAGUUCCUUGUCACCCAGAUUCUUGUAGCACUCCGUCAUCUUCAUUUCAAGAACAUUGUACACUGUGACCUUAAACCAGAAAAUGUACUCUUAGCAUCUGCUGAUCCCUUUCCCCAAGUGAAGCUUUGUGAUUUUGGCUUUGCCCGUAUUAUUGGUGAAAAAUCCUUCCGACGUUCUGUGGUGGGCACUCCAGCAUACCUUGCCCCAGAGGUCCUGAGAAACAAAGGCUACAACCGCUCUUUGGACAUGUGGUCAGUUGGGGUUAUCAUAUAUGUUAGUUUGAGUGGCACCUUUCCUUUCAAUGAAGAUGAGGACAUCCAUGACCAAAUCCAGAAUGCUGCCUUCAUGUACCCACCUAACCCCUGGAAACAGGUUUCUCAAGAAGCAAUUGACCUCAUUAAUAAUUUGCUCCAAGUCAAAAUGAGGAAACGCUAUAGUGUUGACAAGUCCCUUAGCCACGCCUGGCUGCAAGACUACCAAACAUGGCUAGACCUGAGAGGCCUGGAGUGUAAGGUACAGGAACGAUACAUCACCCAUGAGAGUGAUGACCCACGCUGGGAACACUUUGCUGAGCAGCAUGGAUUGCAAUACCCAGCCCAUCUUAUUGACCCUUACGCUAAAACUUGUGAUGGAUGGAGGUCUGAAGAAGAAGAGAUGAAGACAUUGAGCGACAGAGUCAGCAUUCUCUAACCAGCAACAUAUAACAGAUUCUAAUUUGUAGGCAUUACUGACCUCUCACCAAAUUUCAUUGCCAGUAACUGGAUAGUUAUGCAUUAUUGAACCUUCUGACCUCUAAACCUGUCAUUACUAUUACUUUCUGCCUGCAACUGAAUCACUCUCCCCUCUAUAUAUGCCAUGCCCUAUCCCGAGUGAAUGCCUGGGCAGAGAUGGAUACCUCUAACAUAACAGUAAAAGAUUCACUUUAUAACCUAACAGCCUUUCUCUGCCCUUCACUGUGCUAAACGUCUGACCUCAGCUGCAACUUAAAGUAAUUUUAAAGCCAUUUUUAUAAUUAUGAAGACUUCAGCACACAAAUACAUAGAUGAAGGAAAUUAUUUAAAUAUUUUGUGGAAAUUAUACUAUUGUACAGAAGGGUCAAAAAAGUAUAACAGAAAUAUUUUGCACUUAAAUGUUUUUCUUCUUGAAGA